AUGCUCGAUAUUUAUCUCAGAGCCGCACCUGGCGGUGCAGGGUGCGGUGGGGGUGCGGGAGCAGUGCGGAGCCGGAAGGCGGCAGUGCGCCGAGCCAUCGGGAAGUUCGGCUGUGCAGUCUGGAGACCGGAGGCGAGAGCCGCGCUGCGGGUGCGCUGGGUGCCGGGGCCCUCCACGGCUGCGGGCCGGGUGCGGAGCAGACCCGGCGCAGGCCAGGUCCGCUGGCGUCUGUCUUCUGAGGACGACCCUGGCCUUAACCAUCCGAGCGGGGGACGGAGGCCAGAGGAGGCUGCCCACCGGCCCCGCGCGUGGCUCGCCCUCCGGCGCUCCCCCCGCGCCUGCCCGCCGCUGCCCCCGCGCGUCGCCGCCCCAGCCCCAGCCCCGAUGCCGGCGCCCGGCUGGGGCCCCCGCGG